AUAGUGGGAUCAAUGCCGUCCAAUCAUACGCCAGCUUUGGUCGAAAGACCACAUCUAAAUUAAACGAAGCAUUGGAACGUAAAUCAGAAGAACCUCAUAGCUGAAUAAGUUAAUAAUGGGAUAAAUGGGAAGUGGAUGUGGCGAACGCAUGUUUUGUUAGAGUCAGCAAGGUGUGAUAUUCGAUGACGUCAAGGUAGCGAAGUGAGCGGGAAAGGUUUUAAUAGGUAUAUGUGCAACAUCAGAUAACUAACUGGUAACGUAAGGGGAAACCGAGUGUGGACGGAAAGGGAUUUAAUAAGGUGGUGUCAUGUGCAUUUUGUUGUUUAUUUAUUAGAUAAAUGUUUAUAUGGUAAUUAAGUUCCGAAUUGAUACAUGCGAACGGUUUAGCGAAAUCGUGAUGUUUUAUAAGGACAAGUUGUUAUCGCCAGCUCAGCUGAAACGCCUUAACGAUCAUAAAUAUAGUUGUUCAAGCAUCAGCCUGGUGGACCCUCUCCUACAACCAUGGUGGAAUUGGUUGGUCAGCAAAACACCGCUAUGGAUUGCUCCAAAUUUAAUUACCAUCUUAGGCCUAAUUGUGAAUAUAUUAACGACACUUAUCCUCGUCUGGUACAGCCCUGAUGCAAAAAUAGAGGCACCAAGAUGGGCAUGUUUCGUCUGUGCCUUGGGUUUAUUUGUGUACCAAAGUUUAGAUGCAAUUGAUGGCAAACAGGCCAGAAGAACAGGCACAUCAAAUCCCCUUGGUGAAUUGUUUGACCAUGGUUGUGACUCAAUUUCAACAGUAUUUGUUGCGUUGUCAGCGUGUAUAGCAGUUCAGCUGGGGUAUUACCCCUCAUGGAUGUUUUUCCAGUGUUUUUGUGCAAUGACACUUUUUUACUGCGCACAUUGGCAGACUUAUGUUUCAGGCACACUGAGGUUUGGCAAAAUUGAUGUGACAGAAGCACAGAUCACAAUAAUUUUCAUUCAUCUCAUGUCAGCAAUAUUUGGCCCUAGUGUCUGGAUGACAAAGAUUCCGUUUUUAGAGUAUAUUGAAUUGCGGUAUUUGGUAGGGCUGUUCACAAUUGUGAUGGCGGUGAUUGUCAUAUACCGCAACUUUGUAAUCGUGUUUACUGGUGGGAUAGGAAAAAACGGCUCCACGUGUGCUCUGCCAUGGUUGGACGUGGAACUAAAGCUAGUUCCAAUAUAUGUAGCCGUUCUGGUGGCAGCCCUGCUUGCCCAGUCCAAAGUUGCCAUCAUUAUAACUGGUGGCAUUGGGAAGAAUGGGUCGACUGUUGCUGGCACAAGCGUUCUGUCCCCCGUGAUUCCGUUCAGCCUUGUCAUUGUCCCAGCUUUCAUCAUCUACAGGAAAAGCGUGGAACAUGUAUAUGAGAAUCAUCCUGCUCUCUACAUACUAGCAUUUGGUAUGGCAGCUGCUAAGGUUACCAACAGACUUGUGGUGGCGCACAUGACGAAAAACGAGCUGGAGUACCUGGACUCGGCUCUGAUCGGCCCAGCCAUGCUGUUCCUUAACCAGUACUUCAAUUUCUUCAUCCAAGAGUACAUUGUCCUGUGGCUGUGUUUGGUGUGGGUGAGCCUGGAUCUACUUCGUUAUUCGUCACAGGUGUGCCUCGAGAUAUGCGAUCACCUCAAGAUUCAGCUUUUCCGAAUACCCGCGGGCAAGGCAUUGUCUGCCAGUGUGUUCACAUCUUCCAGCACAACCACAGCAGGGGAAAAAAAUGCUUCCCUGCUACUGACUUCAGUUCCGAGGAUAUCCAGUAGAGAACACCCCGUGCUGUACACAUCGCAGCAGCAGCACCUGCUGAUCUCGAGUGAUGAUGAGAACCAAGUCCCACUGCUUGAUGCAGAACAUUCCUAAAGUUUACAUCAUACAUAGUUUCAUUCUGAAUUUUUAUACACACUUCAUAUGUAACACUUGUAUUAAAGUUGUAUGUUACAAGCACAGGUGCAAAUAUUUAAGAAGCUUCUAACUUACAAUGGAAUGAUGAAAGUAAAGUCAUCUCUGUUUGCAACUGUUGCAUUGGUAACUUGGCUUAUUAGCAGAUAACAGGCUCAAUGAAUAAUUCAUGUAACAGAAACUGUAUCAUGUACAUAGUUUCACAUAUUUUCUUACAGUUUUUUUGUUUCCUUUUUGUGUUUCAAAAACCUACACAAAAUUAAUUCAGAGAUUACAAAAGUGACAGUUUUCCAACAGCUAAACCGUUUCAAUUUUUAUCUGGUCAUAUUAGUAGCCAGCAUAACCCAGCUAGAUGGAUGCAUCACAACUGUCAUUAUAUUUUGUUAAGAAGGGUAGGCAUAAUUUACCUCUGCUUGCUUCCUCAUGGAUUAACCCUUCUCUAUUCAAAAUAUAAUGCUUAUUGGGGUCUUGUGAUGUCCACUGUGGCUCAGUAAAUGUGCUCCCAAGUGACAUUGUUCAAGUUCUACAUUUGUAUCAAAUUUUAGACACAUUAACCUCUUCGGCGGUAACAUGAAAUGUCUUGUUCGCUAAGGCCACGACAUAUAAUUUCUUUCAUUGGCAUAAAUGUUGCCAUACAAUUGAAAAUGGGAUGUGAGAUUUGCAGCUAAGUGAUGACCACUACUUUGUAUUGUGAAAAUGGCAGUUAUUUACUGUAGGCCAGUUCCUUGCAUGUAGAAACAUAAAAUACAUUAAUUGCAAACAAAGACUUCUUUACCUUCCACACUGCUGUUUCAAAAGGACAUUUCUCAUUCCUUCUCUGCACAAGUAAACAUUGUGUGAUAUGUUAUUUGUGGAAUACAGCAGUGAAUCAUGUAAUCAGUAGAGUGUAGUUUGUACUAUUUGUAGUUCUAUAUCUUGACAUUGAAUAUUUAUUAAGUAUUGAUUACAUACAACAUGUAACACCAGAUGUGACUUCUUAAGAGAGAAUGUUCAUAUAUACCUUGGUGUGAUUUCAGUCUGUAUCACAAAGGGAGAUAUAUUUAUAUAUAUUUUUAUACUUGUAAUUCAGGUAUAUUUACAUUCUUUUUUUCUACUGUAACAAUCAUUCCUCUGACCUGUUAGUCAUCAAUUGUGUACAUUGCACAAAAAUGUUUCUUUAGAGAGUAAAAUUGUGAGAAAUUAUUUUUAAAAAUUCAGUAAAGAGUUAUAUAAAUAGGAACAGUUUUAUUCUGAAACUGCCACAUGUUUGUAGAACACAUUAUUCUGAUAUGUGAUGUGACAUGGAGCUGAGAAUAAUUAUCACUGCAUCCUACAGGGAAUAAAAAAAUAAUGUGUCACAAAAUGAACAAUAAGUUUAUGUAAAAGCAAUCAAAAACCUUGAAAAAUACAAGAAUUCAAUUGGAA